ACCACCAGCACCACAACCUGAGCUCACUCCCGACGUCUCCUGUCGAGAUUGGACCUACGCGGAAGACGGACGGAAGGUUUUGACAGUCGCAUGGGACAAAGCAGUUCUCAGGGUGCAAGAAUGACUUCCCUUGUCCAUGUUAUUGUGGUGGGAGCUGGUUGUCGAGGAGAAAUCUACUCCCAGUAUGCAUCAGUCCACCCUGAACGUGUUAAGGUUGUUGGUGUGGCUGAUCCAAGGAAAUUUGCUCGCACUAAACUUCAACAGCAACACAAAAUUGCAGAUGAAAAUAUAUUUGAAGACUGGUCUAGUAUGGCUGAAAGAGAGAAGUUUGCAGAUGCUGUGUUAAUUUGUACCCCAGACCGCCUUCAUAAGGAACCUGCGGUGGCCUUUGCAAAGAAGGGCUACCAUGUUCUGCUGGAGAAACCAAUGGCAACAACUCCCAAAGACUGCAAGGCGAUUGUGGAGGCCUGCACUCAGAAUGGUGUGAUGCUAUCAGUGGGUCACGUUCUCCGGUAUGAUCCCGUCAUCCACAAGAUAAAGGAGCUGAUAGAUGCUGGAGUCAUAGGUGAUGUGAUCCACAUUCAGCACUUUGAGCCGGUCGGGUUUUAUCACUUUGCUCACUCAUUUGUUCGAGGGAACUGGAGGAAUGAAGCGAAGAGCUCUUUUUCUCUUUUGGCUAAAUCAUGCCAUGACAUUGACCUCAUACACCACUGGGCUGGAGGUCGCAGGUGUGUGAAAGUGUCAUCAUUUGGAUCUGUCAGCCACUUCGGAAAAGUAAACAAGCCAGCAGAUGCUGGAAAUCGCUGCCUGGAUUGUUCAAUAGAAAAAGACUGUCCAUACUCGGCAUGCAAAAUUUACCUGGACAGAGUGAAACAGGGUCACACUGGUUGGCCUGUAUCAGUCAUUUGUCCGAGCUCGUUCCCAGACAUUGAGUCGGUAACUGAGGCCCUGAGGACUGGACCAUAUGGGCGCUGUGUCUAUGAAUGUGACAAUGAUGUCUGCAGUAACCAGGUUGUUAACAUGGAGUUUGAAGGGGGUCUUACGGCAGCCUUUUCCAUGGUGGCGUUCACUGAGGAGAUAUGUGAGCGAAAAACAACUAUCUAUGGCAGCAAGGGGGAGCUGACAUAUGGCAACCAUGAGAUUCGUGUGUUUGACUUUCUGACCCAAAGAUCUGAAAAGCACACAACGCGCAGUGAUGUGCCCCAAGGCUUUGGCAUGACUGGACAUGGUGGGGCAGACUACCACCUAAUGGAUGCUUUUAUUUCUGCUGUGGCGAACAAUGAUCCUUCGCUGAUCCGCUCAGGUCCUGAGGAGACACUACUUAGCCAUUUACUGGUGUUUGAAGCAGAGCGAUCGCGAGUGGAGAGCAGGGUGGUGUACUGUGGUGAAACUGACCAGAGCUAGACAACUGACAAACACUUUGACAGGAGAAUGACCUCUCUUUAAAAAUCAAAAACUAGGGGUGCCUGGUGGCUCAGUGGGUAGAGCGGCACCCCAUAUGCAGAGGUUGUAUACUCACUGCAGCAGGUUCGAUUCCAGCCUUGGCCCUUUGCUGCAUGUCGCCCCCUCUCUCUCCUCCUCUCAAGCUCAAACUGUCUGUCCAUUAAAGGCAAUAAAAGCCAAAAACAAUCUUUAAAAAAAAAACCCCAAAAAACUACAAUGAUAAAUAGAUGAAUGAACUGAAGGAUAAACCACAAAGUGUAAUGAAGCUGAUCACUAAGUUAAUAUUGCUCAGGGAUAUAAAUUUUUUAUUUUGUGCAUGUUUGUGGGUGGGUGGGUGAGUGAGUGAGUUUGUUAAGUGUUUUAAUUGUAAGUAAUUUGCCAAGAACUUGAUUAAUGAUGUUCAUGUAAAGAAUUCUCAUAAUUUCUAGUAAAAACUUGGAAAUUUUAAAUUUUAAAUUAUUGUUUGCUCUUAAUUUCAUCCUACACAAAGUAUUUCUCAACUGUGUCAAGUGUGCAGAAUUUAUCCAAGGAUCUGAGACUUAAAGUGAAACUCUUGCACCACAAGGUCAUUACUUUACCUGUCACCCAAUAGUUGAAUCUUGCACCAGAGUUGCUGUAUAUAAGGAGUGAUAAACACCUAUUUUUUUUAAGGGGGGUGGGAGUAUUCUUGGGUUACAGAACUCCCCACAGGGACUUGACUUGAUAUACAUACGUCUCCUUAUUCAGUUGAUUACAUACUUACUAAAUACAUGUAUCAUUAAAAGUGUCAUAUUGACUCAUGGCAUGGCAUAUAGAAAAUGCAUUGUGUACGUGUGUACAAAAAUGUUGUGUUUUCAGGAUAAAUAAUAGAUAAUCCUUCUCAUUUUGCCCUCUUUGUAAGGUAUUAGUUAGUGAAGUAGUAACAUCUUUUAAACACAAGGUGUCGCUAGUUUAUUUGAUUAGAGGACUAC